UCUAGGCCUUCCACACCCUACGGAUCCAAUGUCUCUCGUUUGACCUAAUCUAAAGAAAACCACUAGCCCCCUUCUCCCACCGCGAGCCCUCUCUCUGUCCCCCUCCCACGACUCCUCUGCCGCCGUCACCUAUGUCGCUCGAUUCCGGCGAGUUGAUGCGGCUCUCGCCGUUGCGCAGCACACCUCCGUGGUCCCCUCGCGCCACUCUCUCCUCCCCUCCCGUCAGAUCCAUCUCUCGCGCCAGCAACCCUCACCCGUGGUGGACCUCGUUGUCAGAUCGCUGGAUCCGAUGGACGUCAGCUCCAACACGACCACGACCACGAGCAGCGGCGGAGGGAAGGACGGGGACAAGGGCAAGGGCGCCUCGGUCUCCUUCACGGAGGGCGAGAAGGUGCUCGCCUACCACGGGCCCCUCCUCUACGAGGCCAAGAUGGAACGUCGGAGUCGUCUGCAUCGUGAAAGCUCGGGCCGGCCACGGACCGGCGAGCGACCCCCAGAACUUGUAUGCAAAGAGAAGAAGGGAGAAGAUCAACGACAAGCUUUGGGUUUUGCAGAAGCUGGUGCCCAACGGAACCAAAGUGGAUCUCAGCACUAUGCUCGAGGAGGCAGUCCUCUACCUUAAGUUUUUGCAGCUACAGAUCAAGUGGCGGGUCUGUAGGACAUUACUAGGAUGGCCAAAUCAACCAUGGCAGCACACCGUUUGAACUGGCUGAGCAGGCAUCCGUCCCUGUAGCUCGGAGAGGAAGAAGAAAGAAGAGGAGUUGCAUGCUGGAUGAAUCUAGAUAACUCCAACCCAACCCCAGUACUUGUAGAUGUUAUACAUACAGUAGAUGUUAUAUAUUCGGUCAUCCACUUUUGACUGUCCGCUCGAGCGGCUCAAUGAGCUUAAUUUGAGGGCAAAGAACACAGCUUAACAUCUAUCUAUAGCAUCUCUCGCCACAUCUUAGUUUCGAUUUAGUGAUGCAAAAAUAAGUUUAAUACUGUAUUUAGCAAUGUUGAAACUAGAAUUGGUAAGUACGCCCUAUCGUGGUAGCUACAAGCUCCUGGUCACCUAUAUGCUCAUCUAAUUACAGUGGCGUUUGAACUAGUUUUGAAACUGAUUAGAUGGAUGUGUGAAGUGCUUCUUCCUUCCUUAUAAAGCUGGCCUAUUGUAUUGGAACAGAUGCGUGAAGUGUUUCUUCCUUCCAGUGGCGUUCGGCGAAUCUGCUACAGUCCGUGUGCUUCAUUUCACCAAGUAAAAUAAAA